GUAGCUGAAAAUAUCUUCUACAUUGAGAAUCCUCCGCCCUUUGUGUUUGGAGAAAGAAGGAUCAGCCCUGCACUGCGAUGUGGUCGUGGAUACUAGCAGGCUUGGGAUCGUUCGGAUCGUCCUGCAUCGGGGGCUUGAUACGUAAGAUCACCGACUGUUUGAUCGAAAGAGUUUCGGAGGAUCCCGGAGUCGCUGACCUCCACGAGCUGAGGAACACUCUUUCGGUGACUGAGCGCAUCAUCGGCAGAGUCGAGAACAUGUGGAUUAAAGAUAAAGGCACGAAAAAGCAAUUGAAGGAAUUGGUGAUGGAACUGAAGGACACUGUUUAUGACGCUGACGACUUGCUUGAUGAGAUCCAGUUCCGGGUUCUGAAGCAACAGAUCGAGCAACAAGGAGCUCAGGGGUAUGAGGCAAGUAACCAAUCAUCUUUUUCUUCUGAUCUCCCUCCGAGGAUAAAAAGAAACAUUUAUGAACGUGUCGGUCGCUUCUUCGGUAGAGAAGAUGAUGUGGAUAGAGUGAGGGAAAAUCAGAGUAAGUUAGAUAAAUAUACUACUGAGAUCGAGCAUUUCAUUGGUAAAUUAGAUGCUGCUGACAAACAGAUGAUAACGUCAGUAGUGCCUCGAACCACCACUUCCUUUCCGACAGAAACUCAAGUAUUCGGACGAGACGAACAGCUGAAUCACCUUCUGGAACAGUUGAUGAAAUCUGCCGAUGGAUCCGGAUCCAGCAACAGUAGCAUCUCUACCUUGACUAUUUUUGGGAUCGGCGGGGUCGGAAAGACUACUCUUGCUCGGCAAGCCUACAACCACGAGAGGCUGAAGGACUAUUUUCAUCAUAAGGUCUGGCUCUGUGUAUCCGACAACUUCAACGUGGAGAGGCUUACCAAAGAGAUCAUAGAAUCCAUAACCAAGAAUAAGUGUGAUCUCAGCAACCUUAAUACACUUCAAGUGGUUGUUAAGGAGAAGUUGACCUCAAAAAGGUUCCUGCUUGUCCUCGACGAUGUGUGGAACGAGGACAGCCUGGAAUGGGAAAGAUUUUGUGCACCAUUGAGGUCCGGAGUACCAGGAAGCAAGAUUUUGGUUACAACUCGCUCUAGAAAGAUUGCAGAAAUGGUUGGCAAUCCGAUCCCUCUCGAUGGUCUGGAUGAAACCAGCUAUUGGAAAUUGUUCAAGAAAUGUGCAUUUGGUUCCGAAUACGCCGGUGAAUGUCCACAGCUAGAAGACAUAGCAAAGAAGAUCGCUAGCAGGUUGAAGGGGUUGCCACUUGCGGCAAGGAUGGUAGGCGGGUUGUUGAAGGAGAGGAUGAAUGAGACGGACUGGAGAAACAUCGCAGAAAGUGAAAUCUGGCAAAUACAGCAUGACGGAAAGGGUGUCCUUGUCCUGCCAGUCCUACAAUUGAGCUAUCAAUGUCUUCCCUCACACCUUAAGCGGUGCUUUCUUUUUUGUGCCAUGUUCCCCAAAGAUCAUCGGUUUGAUAAAGAGGACUUGGUCCGGCUUUGGAUGGCAGAAGGCUACGUUGCUCGAGACAACAAUAUGACGAUGGAGGAUACAGGAAGCCGCUACUUCCUUGACUUAGUGAAUAGGUCUUUCUUUCAGGAAGCUCCUUGGCGAUCGAUAUAUGUGAUGCAUGACCUGAUACAUGAUCUUGCUCAGUUUAUUUCAGAGGGGGAGUUUUGCAGGAUCGAUGAUGAUAAGUCGAAAGAGAUCCCUAAUACGACUCGUCAUCUGUCAGCAACAUUAACCGAUGGAACUAAGUUAAUGAAGUUCUCCUGUUAUGAGAAAUUACGGACGCUCAUGAUCAAUUAUGGAAGUUAUAUGUAUGGGUUUAGAGUGGCAGACUCUUUGUUGACUGGUGUCCAGAUUGAAAGAUUAAAAAACAUUCGAUUAUUGAUAUUGCAGAGGUGUGGCUUGCGGGAGUUGCCUGAGAAAAUUGGUGGCUUGAUACACCUCCGCUACCUUGACAUAUCCUAUAACCGUUACAUUAGGAGGUUGCCGGAGUCAUUAUGUGAUCUUUAUAAUUUGCGAGUACUGGAUCUGUUUGAAUGUGACCUGCAGAAUUUACCGCACGGCAUGAGCAAGUUGAUCAACUUGAUGCAUCUUAAUGCACAAGACAAAAUA